CUUGUUUUCGACAGCUUUCAAACGGAGCGGGUGACGGUGUGCCGCCUUCCCAUGGCGAUGAGGGUGUCGGUGCUCCAAAUUGAUGGGGAGCAUAUCGCUCUCGAGGUGAUGCCGGACAUGACCGUUGGCAAUUUCAAGGAGAGGCUGAAAGCUUGGAAGUUUCGUGAAGAUGAGGUCAUGCGUAGGGUGGCCCGGGUGGAACUCUUAGUUGAGGGUAAGAAGCUGGAGGAUGACGAGAAAACAUUGAUGGAUGAAGGGAUGUCACCCACACAAACAGUGCAAGUCCUGUUUUCUCUUGAUUGGGUGGAAUGCCGCAGCAAGCAUGAACAUGCCGAGCCCAACAAGCUCACUGCAGUGACCAUUCCGGACUCGGCAACCUGCAUCGCAGAAAGCGCCUUCCAGGAGUGCAGUUCACUGGCUACGUUGUCUAUCCCCAACUCGGUGACUUCUAUUGGAGCAAAGGCAUUUAAGGGGUGCACAUCACUGGCAUGGUUGACCAUUCCCAACUCAGUGACAGCAAUCGAGGACUCAGCGUUCGAAGACUGCACUGCAUUGACGAGCUUGGCGAUCCCCAACUCUGUUGCCUCAAUUGGUGUACUUGCCUUCAAUAACUGCAAGGCCUUGAAAAGCUUAACGAUUCCUUCCUCUGUGAUGUUCAUGGGAGCUGGGGCCUUCCAAGGCUGCACUUCUUUGAGCAGUUUGACCAUUCCUAACUCUCUGGGAGAGAUCGCCGCCAGGGCGUUUGCAGGAUGUAGUUCAUUGACAAGCCUCACAAUUCCCAACUCUGUUACGUCAAUUGGAAGUUCUGCUUUCCUAGAUUGUAAGUCCUUGGAAAGCCUGGCAGUGCCAGAAUCCCUGAUGUCAAUCCAAGCCCGUGCAUUUGCGGGGUGCGGUUCAUUGACAAGCCUCACAAUUCCCAACUCUGUUACGUCAAUCGGAAGUUCUGCUUUCCAAGAUUGCACGUCCUUGGAAAGCCUGGCAAUGCCGGAAUCCCUGAUGUCAAUCCAAGCCCGUGCAUUUGCGGGCUGCAGUUCAUUGACAAGCCUCACAAUCCCAAGCUUAGUGACAUCCAUUGGGCCCUAUGCUUUUGCAGGUGCCAGUUCAGUGGCCAGCUUAACGAUGCCCAAGGCGCUGCGCUCGAUUUCGGAAUUUGCAUUUACGAGCUGCUCCAGGUUGACAAGUGUGAAAAUUCCCAGGUCUGUGGCACGCAUUGGCCCUGGCGCAUUCUGCCAAUGCACGUCGCUGACAAGCCUCAGCAUCCCCAAGCCCGUGACUCUGAUUGAAGAGGAUACCUUCAAAGGCUGCAUUUCAGUGUUUGGUGUGAAAAUCCCCAACUCUGUGACAUCAAUUGGAGCUGGUGCCUUCCAAUACUGCAGUUCGUUGACAGAUGUGAUUCUUCCGGGUUCGCUCAGUUCCGUCGGAGCGAAUGCCUUUCAAGGCUGCACUGCAUUGACCAGUUUGACCAUUUCCUCAUCCGUGGUGUCCAUGGAGGCUAAUGCAUUUGCGGGCUGCACGUCGCUCAGGAGCUUGACAGCUCCAAACUUAUUCAUGUGCAGACCGGACCCGGCCUCUGUCUUCACAUACGGCACGUCCUUGGAGAACUUGACAGUUCCAUGUGUAACCAUUGAAGACUCUGCCUUCAAGGGCUGCAAGUGGUUGAAGCGUCUGACGGUCCCUGACUAUGUGAUGUCCAUUGGAAUCAGUGCUUUUGCAGACUGUGUUUGUCUGACAAGUGUGUCCAUUCCAAGCUCAGUGACCUCGAUCGGAAGCUGCGCCUUUGAAAAUUGCCAAACACUGGGAAGCUUGAGCAUUUCUGAGUCUGUGACGUCAAUUGGAGCCCGUGCGUUUGCUGGUUGCACUUCAUUGAGAAGCAUCACAAUCCCAAACUCCGUGCAGUUCCUUGGACCCUAUGCAUUUGCAGGCUGCAGUGCGUUGGAGAACGUGCUUCUUCCCAACUCCUUGACGGGAAUCGAGGCCUAUGCAUUUGCAAAUUGCAGUUCGCUGGCAAGACUUACAAUCCCUAACUCGGUGGUGUCCAUUGGAGUUUUUGCUUUUGAAAAUUGCAGUUUGUUGAGCAGCUUGGCCGUUGCGGACUCCACUUCAAUUGGAACUGGUGCCUUUCGGAACUGCAGGUUGUUGGAAAGGAGGGCUGACUAAUGAGAUCAUGCCAGACAGGAUGAUUUCACUGAGCGGUG